AUGGCCUUUGUCAACGGGCGCGACCCCAGCACACGCUUCCGCACCGCCCUCGCCGCCUCGUCCCUUCGAACGACGCUCGCCUUUCUCACGCGACUCGCAGACCGCCUGCCGACAGACGACGCAGGUAACAGGGACUACAGGAACACGGAUCCGCAGACGAGGGAGACGAGCUUGCAUCUCGCGGCGCACAAGGGCAGGGCGGACCUGUGCGAAUGGCUCCUCGAAGAGGGAGUCGACCAUGACGAGGUCUCGAGGGACGUACUCGGCGAGACCGUCCUCCACAUCGCUGCGGCCAACGGCUUCGUCGACAUCCUCGAGCUCUAUCUCUCGCGCUUCGCAUUCGUACUCGACUGGGUCAACUCGCAAGGGAUGACGCCGUUGCAUGCGGCUGCUCUGAAGGGACAGGUCGAAGCAGCUCAGAUGCUCCUCGACUACGGCGCGGACAUCAACGCGCCCGACUUGAACGGCAACACGCCUCUUCACUACGCGUGCGCCUGGGGACACUUGCCCGUAAUGAAGCUGCUGAUCGACUUCGACUGCGACGAAGAGCCCCGCAACAACGAGGGUUUCUCACCCGCCGAGUACGCCUACAGUUUCAGCACGCAGAAAGACUUUGACUCCCUCGUGAGACAACAUCGCGAGGAGGUCAAGAAUGCGAGGAGGGCGUCGAGGGAGCAGCGGAGGAGGUCGAAAAAUUCGCCUCAGACGAUCCGGUCGAAGCGGAAAAGUCGCGAAGGAGCGCUGUCGAUUGCGGUGCCUCCGACUGGGCCAGAUGGAGGGGGAGAGGAGGGUGAGAUGCCGUCAACGGGACGGUUUUCGCCGUCAGCGGGUGGACUGGGCGAGCAGUACGCAUACGCGAACGGAAUAGUCGUACCGCAUGUUGGCGCGCCGAUUCCGCCUACGCCGCUCGACAGCGCUCCCACCUCGCCGGCCUCGACGCCCGCGUCGCAACCGCCUCUUCCACCAAUCGACACGACCAGCGAACCGCCUUCGACCCCACGCACGCCUUCGUCCGCAUACCACAACACCACGUCUCCUCAGCCUUUUCCGCUCUCCUCCUCUGCGCUCACAGCCAACCGCCGACCUUCGACUCCACGUCUCUCGCCUCUCACUUACCGCCACGUCCAGCGAUCCGUCUCGGGCGGGUCGCAGCAGUCGACGCCGACGAGCGCAGCUCCUUCUAUCCUUGUUGGCCCGUCGCCUGCGAGAUCGGCAGCUGGGACGGUUUCCGAGUCUGGCGAGACGGCAACGCCUACGCCGGCUUCGCCGGCACCUGCUGGAGGUCGAGUCGCGCCAGGCGUCGUGAGACAGCAGCCACCGGGCCAGCAGGAGGUACUCUACGCGGAGGAAGAAGCCCGACACGGCCUACCUUACCCUCUCGCUGCGCCUGUCCCGGUUCAUCCACCUGCACCACACGCCUUCUCCGCCAACUCCCCCUACCCGCCUUCGCCUUCUCCUCCUCCGGUUCCGCCAACCUCACCGCUCAGGCAGCACCCAUCCCCUCCGCACCCGCCGCUUCCGCACCUCGUCGCGUCGUCGCAUGCGCACAACAAGCUCGUCCGCAAGUCCCGUUCGCACGCGCACCACCCUUCCCUCACAGGCGCGGGCGAAGCGCUUCUCGCUUCUGCUCCAGCAGGACAGAGGAGCGUCUCGGGACCGCCGCUAGUACCCGCGAACGGGCUGGAUUCGCCGCGUUCGUCAUCGGACUUUGCACCCGGCCGCUCGACGCCUUCGCUUGCACUUCCUGCAUCGCCGUUCGGGGGUGUGCUAGGACCAGACGAGCGGCGCAAAGUAUCCUCUUCGAGCACGGGCGGUGGAGGAGGAGGGCACAAGUUGCGCAAAGAGCACAAGGCCCGCAAAUCGAGUCAUGGGAACCUCGAUCUUGCUUCUACGACGUCAAGGAUCGAGGAGGAUGCGGGAGGAGGGAAGGAGAAGCACGGGCGGUUGGCGAGGGUGUUUGGGCUGGGCAAGAAGAGGGAGUAG